GCUACGUCGUUCAACUUAUUACGAUAACUUAAAAUAUCAUUAUAUUUUUUUGAACAAAUUUCUUGUGUUUUGGUGUUGGUGUUAAAUCGUUUUUUUUUGUGGAAAGUGGUAUUGGAUUUCUCUCAUAUUACGGAUCUACCGUCGCAUCGAAAUCGCGACCCGCUGAGAAGAUCCGGCGAGAAACUCAGUGGGCCGUGUCUAUGGCAUCCGAAAGUCGACCAUUAAUCUACCUGCGGUGCAUUCCAAGAGCAGAUCACAUGAGUCCGAAACUGGAUCAUCAUGUCGGCCGUGAUGAGCACCCUCUCUAUGAUAAGCGGGGGCCGCCGGGCUCAUCGGAAACCAGCUUCUAGCAGUCGUAAGUCGGGGCAGUUCUCUGAUGCUGGAGAGGACCGAAGCCGCAGUCACCAUGACCUCAGCAAACAGCAGAGAUCCGCGUCACUGCAAACCUUGGAGGCCGGUGGUGGGGGCGUGGUCAACCUGGAUAGUCUAGAGGCAAAGAUGGCGAAUAUCGAAGUGUCUCUGUCGGGUCCGCGGCGACGAAGCGCUGGAGCCCGUGACGUCACCAGGGAACUCGAUGCGCUCCGGAAUGCUCUUAGCGACAAAGAUACAUUAAUACAAAGCUUGAAGAAACAACUCAGUGCUUCACUGAGCGCCGCGCGUUUGGCUGCCCAAGCUGCCUCUCCCCCCGCGUCCCGAGCCAGUUGCCAUGAAGAGGCCGCCACUCUGUCGCUAGAAGAACAAAGAGCACUGGAAGAACGUGCUGCAGCAGUCAAAGCAGACCUGGAGACUAGACGAGAGAAUAUACAAGAGUUGAGGAGACGGCUUGACAAGACUCACGUUACCGACAACAUCGACACUAGGAUCCAACAGGCAGAGCUACAGUACAAGUUGGGACGUGAAGAGUUGGAGCUACUGACGUUGAGCGAACAGGCGCGGGCGCUGGCACAGCUCAUAGAACAAGCAGAGGCGGCCGCAGAACGAAACAUCAGGCCCACUCUGUACAGUGCAGUACGCGAAUGUGGCGGUAACGCUACGUUUGUGGCGAUCGAAGCGCGCGACAACUCGUGGGGCGCAGCUCCCCGCGGCGCAGGCCUCCUACUCGACUGGACCGCUGAGGGCUCUCCGCUUCGAAUCGGAGACAGGUUGAUCGAAGUUAACGGUACGUUGGUGAUAUCAUGUCACAGUCAAGAGGAGCUCCAGCGUGCAGUCAACGCCGCCAGUCCAGUCAGACUGGUGGUGCUUCGAUCGCAGACAACUUCACUACCCUCGCAUCCCACAGCUGCCUUCACACAGAAUGAAGCGGCAACUUUAAGAUCAGAACUAGCUUCGCUGAGGACCGCGGCUGAAGAGGCCGAGAAGGCCAAGGAGGGGCUCCGGUCUGACAACACGCGGCUCACACAUCGCAUCUCCUACUUGGAGGAACAGGUCGCCGAGCUACUUGCAAGGCAUUCUCCGCUUCAAUCAACCAGCAGUAACGACAGCUGUAUAACGGUUAACAAAACUAAAAAGAAUGUGACAAACAUCAACAUCACCACAGAACCUCAACCCAAUGGUAAAAAUCCGAAGUCAGAAGUACAAGUUUUUCAAAAAGGUCCCGACAUCACCGCCAUCGUCGCCAAACUACCCGGUUUAGACGGCAUUGAAACCAAUCUUCCUCUAAUGAGACCCAGGUCUAACGCAUCCGGUGCUUCGUCCAGAACUGCGAUAUCACCUAGAGCCUCUCCACCCCCAAACCACAGGUCUCAUAGCUCCCACAGCCUGGAACACAGAGCGGGGAAGAUGCGCCAUUCUUUAUCCCACCACUGCAUCCAUGGAGGUAUAGAUUACAGCGCAGAAACCGACGCAGCUAUACGAAUGAUCGAGAGAAACCAAAGACACAUCGAAAAGCAACGCAUGAAGGCAGAAAGACUGAGCAGGUCAAGAGAAGAAUACCUUCGAUCUGAUAGCGACUUAGAUCUAAGAGACACGCGUUCCACCUCCAGUCGGGAUCCCCGAAAUAUAGAAAUCAAGAAGGCAACUGAUAGAAUCGAAGAAAGCAUCAAGAAAACCAACUGGGCCGAGAGAAAAACUCUAUCCAUUAUCGAGCAGCUCAAAAGAUCGCAACGCUUGCGAAAGAUGAAAAAGAACGACAGUGUAGAAGACGUCCAAGUAGAAACAGAAAAGCACUACAUGUACAGUCGGAUAGACGGCAAGGUGCUGGAGAACGCGCACAAGUCCAGUCGCAGAACAUCUAAGAUACAUUCCCGGAGUGCCAAGUCUUCAGAAUUCGAGUCUGAAUGUUCGGAUUUUCCGAACGGUGACAUGUAUAGCAGUUCCCCGCGGAUAGACUACGGCUCCGAGACUUGCUCUACCAGGAUGAGUCAUUAUAAGAAGAAUGAGGACGGAAAGAACGGAGAACAGAAAUCAAGACCAACUCCUCCGAGGAAGCCGCUGCGGCUGUCGUUGCACAAAGCACGCAGCGCUCAUUCGUUGAUGAAUGGAAGCGGAACUGAGACGUCGAGCCAACAGAGACCACCUUCGGAAAUCAGACAUCUGGCGACGGACUGCACCAAGAGACCAGUGAAAAGAACACAUGCGGCUGACAAGUGGGCCAAGGAGAGGCUGAGAGAUCCCAGUAGGGCUACUCCCAGACCAACGCGGAAACUAAUGAAUGGAUUGUCACCGCGUGAUACUCCAGCAGCUGAUGACUUCUACCCCGAAGACUCCAUGCCGGGGCGAAUGAGCGGGAUGAGUCAAUCUAAAUGGUGCUAAUACUUGCAUAGAUAAUAAGAAUCCUAACAUUGUAUUAUUAUACAUGGCAAGUUUUGAAAGAGAGCAUAUAUUUGUGUGAUAUUGUCGAUUUAAGUAAAACAGUCGGAAUUUAUUAGCGCUUGCCUCUUGUAAAUCAAGAAAGAAAGAUUAUAUACAGAUAGAAUUAAAUUCUGCAUAAGUUACUAUGCGCCAUGUUAACAAUUAAAUUGCUCACCAGGAAGUCUGCAGGGCGGCACUCGCAUAUCGAACUGGACACAGGUUCGAGCGGGUGAUGAUGAUCAAUGACAAACUAGAAGUCAUUGUGUCGAGCUGAAUAUUUGGUUUUAAUGUUGGCAUUCACACAAGAAAAGAUAUAGCCUAGAAAUUUUGGAAGGAUGAUCAGAAUAUACAGACCAGUGCUCACCGGGUUGUGUCAGAGUGGGACGGCUUUGAAGAGAAAAAAUAAAAUAAGCAGUUAGAAUGUUAUUACUACUGCCAGUUUUUUUAAGUAGUUUUAUUUUUGUAUAAAUAUUUUAACUUUGUAAAUUACGUUGAGGCUAAAUAUUGUUAAUUUAAAUUCUGUAAAUGCACACAGAAUUACGAUAUUAAAAGCAAAUUGAACAGUUCACGGUCGACGUAUCAAACGAUAAAAAUCGUGAUAAUUUCAUUCAAAAUAUUAAUGUAAAAGUAUAUUUGAAUCAGUCGAAUCAAUUUAAGCGUUAGAAUUUGUAACUAAAUAUUGCACAAAGUUGGUACUAAAGUGGGACAUUGUGAUGUACGUAUGCUCUAGUAGCCUUUGACCCGAGAUUGCCGUGAGCUCAAGUACUCCAGUACACACAUCAAGAGUCACAAAAGAAAUGA